AUGGCUCGCAGGUCAUUGGUGUGCAGAGCAUUGCUGGACAAUGCAGCAGUUGGCACAGAUCCGGUAUCACGAUUGAGCCCGUUUGCUCUUGCAAGAAUGGCCUUCCGUGCCUCAAAAGAAAACCGCAAGAGCGUCAGUCUUUGGCGGGCUCUUUCUGCAAGAGCUGUCGUUGUUGCGCCCAGCAUGCAACCAUCAGACAUGUCUAUGGUUCUGGGUGCUUUUGCCCGGUUGCGCUAUAGAGAUCGAGAAAUGAUGCUCCGGAUUGCGGAAUCCACUCCAGUAGUUCUAGGUCAAUUUGGCGCCACAGAGAUAACGCAUUAUCUAGCAGCGUUUGCUAGACUGGAUGUGGAACACCGACUGGUGUUCAACCUGUUUGCACGGGAGAUUGCCAGGAAGUUACACGACUUCAGUGCAGCCCAGCUGGGGGAGCUGGUUUAUGCGUACGCACGCCUCAAUUUUCGGCACGGGCUCCUUCUCGACGUGCUGAAGAAAAGAAUCAUCGAGGUGGUGAAGGCAAUGCAGCCCUGGCAUUUAGCAAUGGUGGCCAAUGGCUUCGCGCGUUUGGGCACCAGUGAUGAACGCUUUUUCUCCAUCCUGGCUGCUGAGAUUUGCCGCAAAAUCCCAGAGUUUGAGGGCAAGCCGUUGGCUUUGGUCGCCAAUGCUUAUGCAAGACUUGCCGUCCGCAACCGCUUUCUACUGGAGCUCUUGGGGGACGAAGCGUUUCGUCGACGGGGUGAGCUUGAACCUCAAGCCAUCGCCCUUCUGCUAAACGCGCACUCAAGGUUGCAAAUGUCGAACCCAGUCCUCUUCGACUACUUUGCUCAAGACAUCCCUCGGCGAGUCCGCAACCACAACCUUCAAUCCCUUUGCAUGGUGGCCAGCGCCUUUGCUAAGUCUCGAAAAGGAGAUGAGGCUUUGUUCGCAAAGAUUGGCGACCAUGUUUGUGCCCACGCUUCUGAGCUCUAUCCGCGUGCGUUGGCAUCCUUACUAUUUGCCUUUUCAGAAGCGGACAUCCGACAUGGAGUGUUGUUUUACAAUGCUCCGGAGCACGUCUUGGCAAACGUCAAUAUCUACACGACAGAUGAGCUUUGUAUGGUUGGGCGAGCAUACGGCCACUUUCUGAUGGCUCACACGCCGCUGUUCGAAACCAUCAGCCAGGCCCUGCCUGGGAGAACGUUGGCCAUGCCAGAGGCUGACUGCAACAAGCAGGCGCUGGAAGAGGAUGCUGACAUAGAGGAUGCCGAGGAUCCCACCAACAAAUUGGCCGCUCCCAAGAUCAGUGCACUGGUUGGCUUGCUGGAGGCUUAUGCCAGAUUGACAAUCUACCACGGUGAGACCAACAUACUGCUUUGCGAUGCCAUUGUGGCGCGCCAAAGUGAUUUGGUGCCAGCUUUGGUGAUUAAGGUUGCUCGAGCUUGUGCUGCCCUCUCGUUUGCGCACGACGGUGUGAUCAGGUUGGCAGCCCAAUGCAUGACAGAGUUUGGCCAGCAACUGCCGGACGAGGACUUCGAUGCUUUGGGUCAGGCAUUGGAAGAUCUCGGCGUUUUGGGUGAAGAUCGCCACCUCAUGCUGGCCUGUUGGUCAGCAUUAGAUUGA